ACGUGAAACGUGCGACGUGACGUGCGGAUGGUUCACAGAAAAAUUAGUGACUAGUUUCAAAAAAUAUCUAUAAAACUACAUGCGAAUUGAAAGUUGUUUGUGAAAAAUGAAAAAGUGAUGCUUGAGAUGCUUGAGUGAUUUAAUAUAAGCGCAAAUUGUUUGACAAUUUUAAUUGAAACAAAAAAAAAAGAAUAUUUAUGCCGCGUUCCUGGUGAACAAAAGUGCUCUGUGAUUUGUGCCUUUACAACAGUUGUCAUGGAUAAAGUCAACUAUAGAAAAUGUCCGCUGAAGAAGCGUCCCAUAAUGAUGUUGGAACAGGAGGAACAACAGUCAGAACGCAUGGAUUGUUUGGAUCAAGACGAAGGACCCGUUGAUCUCAGUCUCGCCGCUGGCGCAGCGCCAAUGCAUCAACCAAUUUCUUCACCACCACCAACGCCUGCGCCCUCCACCUACGCUGCGACUUAUCAAUUUGGUCAAGACAAUGCUGAACAACGUACAGCGCUACCCACACCGCCACCGUCAGAAAAAUCUGUCGGUGUUUUUACACAAAGUAAAGAGGAGCUGGCGCGACGCAUCUGGGAGGAAACGCGUGAGAUUGCGCGUGCAUUUCCCGAUGUCUUCACGCGUGAGGAGAUUGCACGUAGUCUAGCACGCUUGGGUUAUGGUGAUUUUCCGCUGCCACCCGAAGAUGAAGUGUGCGGUAAGGAGGAAGCGGAGUCGAGAUCAGAGCCACAACGACAACAACAAUAUGAUGGCAUAACACCCCCGCCACCAACAGUGAAUGCGGAAUUUGCGGCGCGUGAAAUAAAGCAGGAGAUAAUUGAAGUUGAUAAUUAUGUGCCGAUAGCCGGGCUUCGAAACUACAACAACAAUUUAUUGAAAAGCAUUGCUGAGUAUGAAGACUGCAUACAACCGCAAGCUUAUGGCAUGCAAGCGCAGCAGAUGCUGCCACAACUACAGCAGCCGCAACAGCACAUAGCAGCGACGCCACAGUCAAUGCAGCAGGUGCCACAAGCAGAGAACUGCUACUAUCAAGCAGAGCGGCGCGAUUAUGAGCCACAGGAUUUGAGUGUGAAGAAUGAUUUGCCGGCCCGGCGCGUGCUUGGUGAGAAUAUCAAUCUGCACAAUGUUGCGCGUGCGCUGCUAAGUAUGCAGCAAAUUAGCACUAAUAACAAUCAUGCAAUGCAUGCACCCAGCAUGCAUGAGGAGCGUUGCACAACCGAGUCACCAAAUGCAAACACGCUCAAGAUCAAGACCAACAACGAUCUCUACUACCAGUGCCAGCAAUGCAACAAGUGCUACUCCACCUACGCCGGCCUGGUGAAGCAUCAACAAACGCACGCGUAUGAGAGCACCGAAUACAAAAUCAUACGCAGCGUGAAUAAUGCCGAAGCGCCAGGCGCGCUCGAAGCAGCUGGCGAAUUCUCCAGUGAUAAGGCUGCAGCGCUUAUACAUUCCUCCAGCGUCGCAUCAGCGCAGUCGGCACAAAAGCCUGUCGGUGUGCCGCGCUACCAUUGCAAAGAUUGCGGCAAGUCAUACUCCACAUACUCGGGCUUGAGUAAGCAUCAGCAGUUUCAUUGUCCCGCCGCCGAGGGCAAUCAAGUGAAAAAGGUUUUCAAUUGCAAGAAUUGCGACAAGACCUACGUCUCACUGGGCGCACUCAAAAUGCACAUACGCACACACACGCUGCCCUGCAAGUGUCCCAUCUGCGGCAAAGCCUUCUCACGUCCCUGGCUGCUGCAGGGUCACAUACGCACACACACAGGCGAAAAACCAUUCAGCUGCCAGCACUGCAAUCGCGCCUUUGCCGAUCGUUCGAAUUUGCGCGCACACAUGCAAACCCAUUCGGAUGUGAAGAAGUAUUCAUGCCCUUCGUGUACGAAGUCAUUCUCGCGCAUCUCCCUAUUGGGUAAGCACUUGCAGGGUGGCUGCCAGCAAUCGCCGCACUCAGCAUCGCCAACGUCGUCCACCGAAAAUUUGACAGCAUACGCCGCGUCGGCUGCAUCAGCUGGGCACAUCGGUGAGGGUGGCUUCAGCCAGCAGCAGCUGCAACAGCAUAUGCAACGGCUGCAACAAGGCGCCUACAAUGAUGAGAAUAUGCCAGCCGAACGCCAGCAGCCUUCCGCUUACUAUUACGCCGACAGUUUGGGUAGCAGUGGUGAUGAUCAGGAAGAGUUGGAGGAAAUGCGUUACAGCGGCACGACGCCACCGCCACCGAUUCAGUCCGCGCAACCUCAACAACAGCAACCAAUGGCGCUAAUGGCGGCGCAAGCCGGUGAAUACUGAGUGGUGUUGUCUUGUUAUAGGUUCGUGUAGCCGAAAAGUCUAUUUAAGUAUUGAAAAAGGAUACUCAUAAUUUAGUUUUUAGUUUUUAAGCUAGUUUUUAAGAUUUCAAGCAGGUUAGGAACUCAGGAAUUAGUAUUUAAGUUUGUGGGGAAUACCAAAAAAAUUGCAACAGUGCCAAAAAUUAGCGGUAGGGUAUGACACGAUCGCAUGCUAGUGUAGGUAGGUAUUUAUUUAUUUAUUUCUAAUAUUAUAACUUAUUUAAAAAAUAUUUAUUUUACUAAAUAAAAUAGUUUAAUUAAUUUAUUUGUAUAUUUAUUUAUCACCAUAAUUUAUUUAUUGCAUAUAUUUAUAUAGCAUUUAAACGACAUCGAAACACAUUCGCGACAUCUAGCGGUAUUUAUAAUCGUAAUUAUUGUAUUUAUUGGAACACAUAUGAAACUAUAAUAUUAUAAUACUUUCCAAAAUAAAAAUUUAUAAAUGCAGCCAAAAAUAUUUUUUACCAAAAAUAAUAAAAAUAUCUAUAUUAACAUAAUUUAUUUGAUUAGUUAACUUACAAUAUAAAAAAAAAUUUUAUGUAACUAUUUUAUUUAUUUUUUCCACACUAAUUUAAUUGUUUUUACCUUAAUUUUUAUUUAAAUAAAUUAUUAUAUUUUAAGGCAACUAAAAUCGCUCGCUUAAAAAACGGGUGUUAUUUCAGACAGUUGUCUAGUCAGUCACUUAGAUGUAUUUUAGAUCUUAUAUCUAAUAUAUUAGUAUAUAAAUAUUUAUUUUAAUUUUUUCCUUUUUUUAUUCUAUAAAUAUGGGUAUUAGAGCUUCACAUAUAUACUAGUAUUUAUGAUAAAACGGACAAAUGAUCAAACAGUGAAUUCAUUGGUGUCAUAUUAGCAAGUCCGAAGCUUAGAAAAGCAAUGGAAGUUAGUAAAAUGAAUUCAAAAUUAUUAGCAUAAAUUCAGAAAGCAAUUUAAAGAGCUAAAAAGCAAAAAAUUAGCAGUUAAAUUAGCUUAAAAUAUUGGAAAAAAUAUUUGAGUUUCGAAUACAGGU